AUGGAGGGGCUCCGGCAUCGUCUCUCAUGUCUCAUCCCGACGUUUCUCAAGUGCAUCAAUUACACCCAACCUGCGAAGCCGAGUAGAGACGCCCUCAGAGAGGCGAUUCUCUCAAGAGGUCGUGAGGCGGGCGUGUAUGUCAAUUCGGACGAUGGCUCGAGAAUGAGAUUUGAGGCUGGCUUGGCUGUAGCUGCGGAGAUGUACCCUCUUCACCCUUUCGAUAUUCAGGUUCACAUCGGCCUUUUCACCUGGCUUGGGUUCAUUAUUGAUGACCUCAACGCUGAGCUGGGCCCAAACCUGGCAAACUUCCAGUCACGAUUCUCAAGGGGGGAUCUGCAACCAUGUAGCGUCCUAGAGUGCUUUGCGGACGUCCUAAGGUCGACGACGGACUACUAUGAUCCCGUUGUUGCUAACCUGAUCGUACUGUCUGCGCUGGCUUUUGUCAACUCCAACGCCAUUGAAAUUCGCCGAGACUACCAAGCCAUCAUCCCUUCUAUGGAGGCUCCCAGUUGGCCCUACUAUUUCAGGGACAAGGAGGGCCUGCCUGAAGUUUACACAUAUUUCUGCUUCUACAGAGACAUGUGUCCUGACAUAUCGCGCUUCAUGCCGGCGGCGCCCGAGAUGGGGAAGUUUAUCAACUUAACGAACGACAUUUUAUCAUUCUACAAGGAGGAGAAGGCCGGGGAGUUGGCCCUUGUAGACCGUGAACAUGAACAAGCACUCUCUAUCCUUCAACUAGUAGUUCAAUCUAUCAAGUCUUUCACCGCAACCAAGAUGACCAGAGUCCUGCUCACUGGUGGUAGUGGCUUCAUCGCCACUCACAUCCUUCGUCUUCUCCUAGAGAGAGGACAUUCCGUCGUCACUACUGUUCGCAAUCAAGCCAAAGCCGACGCUAUCAGGGCCUCGAAUCCCGGCUUCGGCCCCGAAAAACUACACUUUGCCAUUGUGCCGGAUGUGGUUCAGCCUGAUGCCUUCAACGAAGCUGUCAAGUCCGAUGCUCCUUUUGAGGCCGUAAUUCACACCGCCAGCCCAUUCACGUUUAAUGUGACGGACAUCCAAGCCGACCUGCUUGACCCAGCCAUCAACGGGACGACGGCAAGCAAAACGUUCGCCGAGAAGGCCGCGUGGAGUUUUGUAGAGAACGAGUCUCCAGGCUUCACUCUAUCGACCAUCAAUCCGCCGCUCGUGUUUGGCCCGGCCGUGCAGGAGCUGGCUUCGCUUGACGCGCUCAACACCUCAAACCAAUUCAUCAGGAGCUUCAUUCUUGGUGCCGCGAAGAAGGAAAUUGCUCCUACAACGAACCCCAUUUUCGCAGACGUUCGCGACGUAGCUUUCGCCCACGUCAUGGCCAUGGAGAAGGAACAGGCAGCAAACCAGCGCUUCUUCAUCACCGGGGGCUGCUGUUCCAACCGCCAGAUCAUCGACAUCAUCCGCAAGAACUUCCCGGAGUACAAGUCUGCACUCCCUUCGAAGUGCACCAAGGGUGGCGAAUUGCCGGACAAGGUAUACCAGGUGAACAACCAAAAAAGCAUCAAUGUUCUCGGCUUAAAGUACAGGAGCUUUGAGGAAUGCGUGGUGGACACAGUUCGCUCGUUUGGUUCCGUCGAGAAAUAG